AUAUUUCAGAUUUCAACAAUGGAAAACCGAUAAACUAAUUCUGUUUCACCCAAACUCAUCUGGCUAAUUUAAUUCCGUAAGGUAGCAAUAAUGGCGAGGUUUGAUCCAUUCGAGAUUAUACACUUGAAACCUAAUAGAGAUGGCAAAUUUACUCGUCUUCUCCACUUGCCACCCGCACAAACUAAUGACGAUCCUUCCACCGGAGAAGCCGUACUCUCUAAAGACGCCAUUAUUAACCACGAAAAGGGCACCAAAGUCCGUAUUUAUCUUCCUAUUAAGUGCAUUUCUAGCGGCGAACGUCUACCCGUCGUAUAUUACUUUCAUGGCUGUGCGUGGGUGCAUUUUUCACCUGAUAACCCUAGAGUUCAUUUUGAACGUCAAUGGACUGCAGCUACAAUUCCGGCGAUCAUCAUUCUUGUAUUCUACGGGCUUGCACCAGAUACUAAGCUUCCCGGUCAAUACAACGACGCGGAAGAAUCACUUCUUUGGACAAAAAGACAAGCCCUAGAUCCUAACGGCGAACCGUGGCUCAAGAAUUACGCCGAUCUCUCUAAAUGUUUCCUCUCCGGGUCCGGCAGCGGAGGGAACAUAGUGUUUAACACGGGUCUACGAGCAAUGAAAAUGGACUUAAAUCCGUUGAAGUUUAUCGGGUUGAUAAUGAAUCAACCGUUAUUCGGAGGGCAACGAAGAACGGAAUCGGAAAUUCGUUUUGCUGCCGAUCAGAUAAUACCGUUGCCGGAUCUUGAUCUAGUGUGGGAGCUGGCCUUGCCUAACGGGGUGAAUCGUGACCAUAGAUUUUGUAAUCCAAUGGUGGAAGGACCGCAUCUACAGAAGAUAAAUUUGUUGCCUCCGUGCUUAGUGCUAGGGUUUGGAAUGGAUCCAUUGAUAGACCGGCAACGGGAAUUUGUUCAGUUAUUGAUGAUGUACGGUGUUAAAAUUGAAGCUUAUUUUGAUGAGAUUGGGUUCCAUAGAUUUGAGAUUGUUGAUAUUAAAAGCCGAGUGAAUUUGCUGAAUACCAUAAAGCAAUUUAUACAUACGCAAAUUGCCUAUGUAGAUCCAUACUAUAACGACGAUAUAAUGUGACUCAGACAAGGCUAGUUGUCUCAUUAUUCGACGUGAACUCAAUGGUUUUAUCACAUUCCUUAGACAUUCUCCUGUAUCUUGGAAAAAUAAGAAACAAAUUACAGUUUUCCGAUUGCCUGCCGAGGCUUAAAUACGGCAACUUUUUAUGACUUAAUCUAAUUAAACAAUUUUUUCUGAA